GUUGACAUGAAUGCAACCGACAGUCCUGCAAAUGCCAUCAAUAAUCUCGUGGACGCAAAAGAAAAAUUAUAUGAAUCGAAACUGAAGUCACGUGCAUAUUAUAGAUUUACGGAUGCGAAAAAUGAUCGUUCAUCCAAACGCUUUAGACAAGAGACAAUAAUUUCAGAAGAGGAUAAAAAAAAAUCUGGCACAAAUACAGUACCCAAAGCAGAUGAAAGAGUCGAAGAGGAAUCAUAUUCAUCUAACUAUGUGUCAUCUUCUCUUAUUGGUAUCUUUUCCAAGUCUUAUUCACAGCAACAAACAUCAAGUGAUUCGUCAUCUUUGUUAUGUUUUGAAGAAAUAUUUCGCAAACGAAAAUAUGACUUCAUUGUGGAUUUGUCGCUAUCUUCAAAAAUAAGAGGGCAAUUUAGUAAUGAGGAGUGGGACGAGUUAGUCAAAAGAAGACCUGAUGCGAUCCGGAAAUCCUACCAUCAUGAAAUCGAGUCUAUUAUUUCUCACCUAUUUAGCCAAAAAAUGGAUCUAUUACAAGCUCGCAAAAAAUGGUAUGAACUAAGAAAUUGGGUUGCUCCUAAAUACAACAAUGAGCUCUCUUAUACAGAGAACGACUGGGGAAAAAAUAAAACGUUGGGUUGA